AUGUCCAACACCAGCGCGACGCACGCCGCCUCUUCUCCCUUCGACAACCACCCACGAUCCCCUCCGCCCAUGCCCUCCGUCGACGACAUGGACGGCACCAUCCCCGUCAGCAUCGAUGCGCGUUCAAUACGAUCGUCGCGGCCCGUUUCGUACAUCACUCGCGCGGGCCUCGCCGCGUCCUACCCUCUGCGCGGCAUUUGGUACUUCCUCCGAAACAAGGAAUUCUGGCCGCUUUUCAUGAGCAGGCUGCUGCCGUUGUCGCUCAUUUCGUUCCUCGUGUACCUCGUGCUCUUCACUUUCGCCUUCCUGCCCCAGUAUGCCUUCCUCGCCAUCUGGCAGGGUUGGGGUGCCUGGGUCAACGCCUUGGUCUUGACUCUAGGCGAGGGCCUCGUCAUUAUACAGGGCCUGUUCGAGGGCUUCUUUGUCGACGAGUGCCGCGUCGACGUGUUUGAUGCCACCUUCCUCAAGCUUGGCCUGAGGGACCUCAUCGCGCCCAACCGCAUUCUCUUUGACGACGCACCCGAUGCAGUCAAGAGCCUCGGCAAGCCGACGUCGCCCGCCAUAUACACACCGUGGAGCAUCAUCCAGAUUGUCGAACUCAUCGUCUUUCUCCCGCUCAACGUGGUGCCCAUCGUCGGCACGCCAGCCUUCAUCGUCAUCACGGGCACGCGCCUCGGCAAACUGUCGCACUACCGUUGGUUCCAGCUGCGCGGCCUGUCCAAGCAGGAGCAGAAGCGCGAGAUAAGGAGUCUUACCUGGGACUACGUCUUCUUCGGCACCGUCGCCAUGAUCCUCGAGCUGAUCCCGGUGCUGUCCUUCUUUUUCCUUCUUACCACGACAGCUGGGUCGGCCAUGUGGGCGGCGCGCAUGGAGGACGAGAGGCAUCGCGGCCGCAGGCCUGCCGUCGACCCGCACUUUGUCGAUGACGAUGGGCCGUCUCAGCCGCCACCACAGUACUCCGAUGCUGCUGCCUGA